CGAUCGUUUGCUCUGGUCUAUUUGAAGUAGUUCCUGUUUCAAAGUCCAGCUGAAUGUUGGUGCAUUCAGGUGCAGAGGCUGUCAUAUGCGUGCAGCAGAAGCUAAAAUGAUCUGCGGAAACUAAAUCAAAUUAGAGUGUAUUUAUUUAUCACAGUGUGGCUGUGGCACUGUGUGUGUAAUCGGACAUGCAGCAGUCUGUGGAGUCUCUCGUCCGACUGCUAGAGACAUACAGAGGAAGAGAUAAAGUUAUCAGGACGUUCUGUUAUGGCUCUCAGCUGGUGGGAGGAGCUCUUACCCAGAAAGCAGCAGCAGAUGCAUCAUCUCAGCGACUUGGGAAAAGUUUGCUUCUGUUUUCUGCUCAGCUCAGCCACUGCAGGACGGUGCUGAGGCUGUUUGAUGAUCUCUCCAUGCUGGCAUACUCCCACAGCUACGGACUUGGUGCUUCGGAGGAGGAUGCAGGCGUCCGCUGGAUAUCGGUGCUUACGAACGUGGCUGACCAGCUGUACUAUCCGUGUGAACAUAUUGCUUGGGCCGCAGAUGCAGAGCUGAUCAAAGUGAGGUCUGAUAAGUGGUGGCUGUUCAGCACAGUGCUAUGGGGAACCUCGUUGUUGCUGGGGAUCCUCAGAUCAUUUCGAGUUCUGCUGUUGCUCAGGAAGAAGCUGAAGAAACACCGGAGAGGCGAAGGAGGCAGCAGCUGCAGACGGUCUGACCUCCACAGGCAGAUGCAAGCGGAGAUGCUCUCCAUCCUCAGCAGCAUGGCGGACCUCAGUAACGCCGUUCACUGGAUGCCGCCAGGCUUCCUGUGGGCAGGACGGUUCCCCAGCUGGCUGGUGGGCUUACUGGGCUCCACCUCCUCUCUAAUAGGUUUGAUUCAGAUGAAUACCAGCAGCAGUGAGCUGUCAGGCAGUACAGCGUUGUCUUCACAAUCAGGAGGAGAUGCUAAUUAACUGGAUUAUGAACGGCUUUUUGGUUUGAUCAGAUCAUCUGUUUAAAUUAAUUUCUACUCCUGCUCUUGUCUCCUAGAGCUACAGUAUUCCUACUUUCUGUAAGUGAAUAAAUAAAACACCUGUGCUAGUUAUCUGAAAUGUUUUUGAAAUUAUGAGAUUAGUUUACGGUUUCAGUAUAUUCGGAAAUUUUGUUUCUCUUCUGUUCUUUAAUUUAUGUAGAUCAAAGCAUGACGUCUUGCCCUUGGAAACCUUUUGGCCUACUUCAUGUUGUCAGGCCGAUUCUGUUUAUUUGUUGAUUUUAGAUUCCUCGCAGGUUGCUGGUAAAAUGUGUUUCCCAAUAAUUUGAUUAAUGACAACUUAUGAUAUAACAACGAGGAUGUUUUUAUUGAAAACCACAAUCUGUAUUUGGUCAGUUGUUUCAAGUAUUAAAAUUUAUGAGGAAAAAGAGGAAAACGGAAAGAAAUAUGUAACAGAGAAAUAUUUCUAACAGCACUUUUUUAACAAUGCUUCAGACAUUAACAAACCGCAAACAAUGUGGAGGUUUUAUUUAGAUGAAUGCAUAUUAAGCAAAAUGAGCUUAUGUGGACACCAUUUCAGAUCUUUGAGUCGUCUUUAUAAGUUCAGUUAAUUGCAAAAAAUAGAUGUUUUGCAUGGAAGAACGAUUAAAGAACAUUGCAGGCAGAUAUGUAAUGUUAUUUUGACUCAGUCUUUAUGACAAACUUUAAUCCAUGUUUAUUAAUUUAUGAUUGUUUUUAAGUAAAGCUAGAAUCACUUAUU